AUGUCAUCCAGGAAGAGAGGACCUGCAAGACAAGCAGAGGAGCAUGGGUUUGAUGAAAUUGUUCCCCCCACCCCUCCCAAAAGGCCUACCCAGAGGAGUUUCAAUAAGGGGAAAGGACAGGCUAAUAAGGGGAAAGGUGGUGCAGGGAAAAAAGGGGGUGGCUCUGUAGGGCCCAGGGAUGUGUCCCUUUCUCAGCCGGGGUGUAUGGGCGGUGUGGAGGCCCAGGCCGGCACUAGUGGGGGGCGGGAGGCCCCUGGGGAGAGGUGUGAGGCGGGCAGGGGUCCAGCUGUCACCGGAGGGUGUGAACAGGCUGGGGCUUUGCCUGCAUUGCCACCGGCAGCCAUGGCGGCGGUACUAGCCCUGGCCCAAUCACUGGCUUCGGUGAUGCCUGAGGCUCAAGGGCAGGGCGGGAGCGUGGCCCUGGCUGGCGGUGGGGUUGUGGCGAGUGGGGCAGGUGUGUCAGGGACCACGAGGCCCCACAUGGCAGAGUGCGCAGCAGGCCCGUCCCUCUCGGAUGGCGGGUCGCGCGAGAUGUUCUCCUCCAGCUCAUCGGAGGAGGAGGAGUGCGGCCGCCAUCUUGGAGGGAGGGUCAGAGGUCCGGAGGACACCGCCCGCGACCGGAGCGGCCCAGGUAACUUGGGGAGGCUCCCGGUCGCAGGCGGGGCGGCAGAGGGCAGCGCACAGCGGAGGCGGCAGGACUUACCGGUCGUCAUUAGGGCGGCUGGGGCGGCAGGAUCUCAGCAGCGCGGCGAGGAGGCGAGGCCUAGUACAAGCGCGCAUGCGCACACGAGUACUGAUGGGCCUGUAGUGUGGGCGCAGGAGCGCCAAGGCCUGGUGGAGGCUGGCUGGAGGUGUGAGUCUGUGGGGUUGAGAGCUGUGGGGCCUACGCAGACGGCGCAGGCAGACAUGAGUCGCGGAGGUACAGGCGCGCAGGCGCAAGGGAGGCAUAGAGCUAGCGGUCAUGUGAGAGUGUCUGGAGCUGGAAGGGGCAUGAAUAUGAGCAGCAAUACUGUGAGAGUCAUGGAAGCCAGCAGUGGCAGGAGUAUGGGGGAUGUCACUGGGGGCAGAGGGAGGACACAUGCGGGGAUAACGCAUGUCAGUGCACAUGGGUCACAGUGUGUUACGGUUGGUGAGGAUGUGUAUGGGUGUAUGGUGCCUGGGAAUAUGAGGCUUGGUGGUGACAGGCCAGGAGUUGCGGGGGGUAGGCCUGAGGCACCGCAGACUGCACUGGGGCAAGAGGCAAUGAUACAGAGAGCUGUGGAGAUUGCGCUGCGUGAGAUGGCCAGGCAGCAGGCCCCUCAAGGGUUUAGUGCUCAUGCCCAGGAGGGGCCUGGGCAAGAACUGUUGAUUAGAAGGGCUGUGGUUGCAGCUCUGGGGAUGGACGCUGGGGGGGAUCUCAGGGUGGAGGGGAGGAAUCGCUCUUUUGACGCUCCACCCGUUGCCCAGAGUACUCCCCAAGUUAAUUUGUCUCCCCAGGUAUCGAGUAGGAAUACUUCCACAAUGGCAGCAGAAGCAUCCAGUGCGCUAGUGGUGGCAGGACAGUGCACAGAGCAAAGAGAGCAGGCCGGAUCUUCGUCCCAGGCACCCAUCGAAGCAGACCGCUCGGGAAGUUGUGAGUACUAUGCACCACACACACUGCACGCUGACACAGGGUCCUCAUCUAGUGUUUCAGGUUCAGAUAGUGGGGAGGACCUGGGGCUGGUUGGAAAGGGUCAGCGUAGAAUGUUUUGUUGGAUCAAGAAGAUGGCGGCAGGGCAGGCGAAGGAGAGGGACAGGGCGCCAGGACCCGCUGAAGGGGUCCAAGGGCCCGCAGGGCCUGGGGGCGCCCCCCCUGGGGCCGCGGUGCCUCGUAAGGUGGCGGCUCAGGGAGACACGUACCCGUGUUUGGUGCAUUCCCUGUACGGGCACCUCAAGGCGAAAACAGUGAAGAAAAUACAGGAGGGUCGUUACGUUAAUGUCUUUGACCUCUCACUGGACGCGUUUAGGGCGAAAGAAAGGGCCCAAGAUGGGGCAGGGCCCAAAAAAAAGUGCGCAGGCCUGAAACAUACGAGGAGUGGCUGA